AGAGAGAGAAAGCGAGAGAGGGAGGGAGAUGGAGAGAGUGUGUGUAUAACUUUGGGAAACAUAGGAAGAAGCAGCACUGGGAACAAACUUUUCUCUCUUGGCUGUCUUGCUUUUGGACUUUUUCACAUUUCACCAAAGACCUCCGUGUUAUCUGUGUGGAGACAAGAGUUGAUCAUUUGUUUGCUUUUUUGCUCAUUUAUUUAGUUUUGUUGUUCUUUGCAUUUUUAUCUGAUUACUGAGCUUUGAAGAAGGCGUGACCACGCAUCUGAAAACCUUCCAGAGUUAGCUGCAGCUAUCGUCAGCUCAUGGGAGUGUGAAGCUGGACUGAAACACACACACACACACUGAACACACACACAUUAUACACACACCUGUUGUUCCUGAGGAUUCCCCGGGAUUGCAGUCAUGGGCAUCUGCAUCGCUGCUGCUUGAGGGAAUCUGUGCAGUGUGUGCAGCUGUUAUUUGGCGGUGGACUCGGUGAAGGGUACAGUAGAGGCUGACCUGCCAGUCCAAGGUAGAGGAGGGCGAUGUCAUCCUACUACCCACGCACCAAGGACCUGACUCGCACCAGGAAGUCAGUGACAGAUUCACCACCACCCUCGCCGUCCCUUACAGACAAAAACUACAGACAUGACAGAUUGUCAAGAUAUGAUUCCAGUGGGGAGAGUGCGGCAGACAAAUCUUUGGGCCGCACUAGCUCUUAUACCCGGAGAGAGACGAGGCUGGCUGCUCUGAAUAAACAGGAGCAAGACUCCACCACCAAAGACUAUAAGAAGAUGUACGCAGAGGCUUUGCAUGAGAACGAGAGGCUCAAGUCCAGGUUGCAGGACAGCAAACAGGAACUUGUCAAGAUACGAUCCCAGCUGGAGAAAGUCACUCAGAGGCAUGACAGAAUAGAGAGAUCUGCAGUACUUGAUUCAGAGAAAAGGGAAAAGCAAGCUCUUGAGAAAAGAGUGUCAAACAUGGAGGAGGAGUUAAAGCAGGAUGCCCCACUGCGGUUCCGCUGUGGGUACCAGCCCUGAGAACAGGCUGUCUCAGGGGAGGGGGGGAUGAUGUUAACAGAGCUCAAGUCAGACAACCAGAGGCUGAAGGAUGAGAACGGGGCUCUCAUUCGAGUCAUCAGCAAACUGUCCAAAUGAAAACAUGUCUGACACUUCUGCUCUGUACUUGUGGACUUUCCAACCCUGAUAUGGCAGAUUAAUUAUCCAUGAUGUCCAAAGUUGUGGCUCCUCUCUGAGUUAUGGUGAUGGGCUGCAGAAAUGAAUUCCUGUUGGGAGAGAGAGAAGUUUUCUUCAAGAGAUUUUAGUCCAAGUUCACUGUGUGUGAUGAUCGAGUUACAACAAUUGUUUCUAUGUGACUAGUUUGUAAAAUACAGUAUUUCACAAUAACCAAAUAGGGACCAGUUGUACUGUUUGAAUAACCUCCUAAGGCCCAGUUCAAACAAAUUCAGGGGUUUGCUUGAAUGUACUAUUUCUAAUAUUGUGCCCACACAUCACGUUGGUCGCUACUUCAUUAAUGUUGUCUUAAUUAUGAGAGAAGCCGAUUAUCCCUCAUCCCUGAAUUGUGUCUUUGAAUGGUGUCCCUGGACUGGCAGAUACAUUUGAAAAUCUUUAUAUUUUUCAACCAGAUUUCACUCAGAAUAUGUACCCAUACAAGUCAAAUGAAACCCAGCCAAGGUGUUUAAUAUCAACCCACUAGGGCAUCUGAGUAGCACCAACCAGUAAAGCCAGGUCAGCUGUAAGAUGCAGCUCUUCUAAUGGCAACUGGAUGUUUCCUCCAAACCAAGAUAGUAACUGAGAAAAUUUGAAAUUUGAAAUUUUGAAAAUUUGCGCUACCUGAUAAUGAUAUGAAGGAUUGAUAAGACACAUGUUUUGGCCUCAAAAAGACCUCAGGUUUGUCACUCAGCUGUGCCUGCCCACCAACUCAGCACCUCUUAAAUUUGAAUUUUCUAACUCCAAGUUCUGUAAACUCCUGACACAAGAUGGCCCUUUAGAAACCACUGUAUAAACAACCCUUUCUCAGUUUUUUAUGGUCAAAAUAUCAGGGCUCUGGGAUAUAUUCACAUAUACUGCAUUACAAUGGCAAAACUUUAAACAAUUUCCAACUGGUAUAUUUCUGUCAGUUCUCUAUAAUUGAUUUUUUUUUUUUUUUUUUUUUUUUUUUUUUGCUUUACCUCACAUGUGAUAAUGACCCCCACUGCACUGGGAUUUGAAGUGGACUGUAUGUUAACCCUUAAGGCAUAUGCACUUUGAUCACUUGGGCAUCACUAGUAGCACAUAAUGUAAUUUAGUAUUUGCCAAAUUCUGCUCAUCAGUUCUUUUUUUGUUUUUUGGUUUUGCUUAUUUUUCAUCAGAUGGCCCAGCUUCAAAACAGCAGAAUGGCUACACAAAGUGUGAGAAAGAACGUUUCCUAUGUCAUGUUUUGAAAUAGAGAUAUAUUUAUUUAUUUAUGCCUUUCUUAGGUUUAAUCUUUAUACUUUGUUUACUCCAUUUUCUCUUAAUGGAAUACACUGACUAUUUUGGUUGACCUCUUGGCCAUCUUUCAUUGAGGUGAUGAAAACACAAAUGCCAAAUUCAUCAACUGGUAGAUGCACCGUAAAAUAACUGCUGACAGUUUAUUUCCCACAGUAUUGUGUGAUCUAAAAAAUAAACUGUUAGAUAAGAUAGGCCUUUGUUAGUCCCGCACUGGCUAGCAUGUUUCAUUUUAUGUGGUGCAGUGGUACAUUUGGACAUACCUGUGUUGCGCAUAUGGUAAUGUCAAAAUAAAUUCAUUUAAAUGAAUUAUUACUUAAGUACUCUGAGUUUCCACUUUAUUGGGUGCUUAUUGGGUGUCUAAUGCAAUCCAAUCCUUGCAAUAAAUCCUAACUUCACAAAGUUUAUCAGCUUUUUUCCUGGUCAUUUAGAUGCCAUAUUUACUGGUGCUACUGCACUUUUUGGAGUCCGACCAAAGGGGCAUGCUGUAACACCAGUGUUCCCUUUAUUCACAUCCAGUGCAAAUAAGAUACAGUAUAUGUCAUCUAUUUCUACAUAUGCUGUAAAUGUGUUGAACCAUGCAGUAUAUUGUAGUGAAAAGUUUGAAAUGUGUUAGCGAUAGCUUAAUAUACACACACUGGUUUACUCACUUUGCUUAAUAAACUGUAAAGAAAUGAACAUGUUUCUCUGCUUGAUGUCAAUAAAUCAUGCAGCAGUGAUACAGAGAUUCUUAGGAGCCAGCAGAGCUGAACCCACUGCUUAUUAAACACAAACAAGUCAUGGUAAUUAAAAGGCCUUUAUUUCCUAUUUGUUUUUUUUGUUUUUUUACAGAACUGGUAACACAUAUGAUAAAUUUGUAAUAAGUUAUUUGGUUCCCUUGAUAACUUUAUAAGGAUCCCCAACGUUUGUCCACAUAAGGGUCAAGAGGAGUUUGUGAGCAACGUUUGUGUCCAGUCAAGGGCUAAAGCAUGCGAUCCACAGUAGGCACAAGUACUGACAUGAACACGCGCACCACGACACUAGACACGAAGAAACACAGCUAGAGGACACAACCUGACUGUCCUCCGAUGCUUUAAAAGAUGAAGAGAAAAAUGGUCGGGAAAAAAAGGAAAAAGAAAAGAGCCUUGAGAUUACAGUUGCAUCUGGGAUGACAAGUGGAGGACUAAGCGCUCAAGUUUGGAGUUUGGUACGGUCCUGCAUGUUUGGCAGUAUACAGUAUGUCCAUGUUGUAAACAUGAAGGCCGGGAUUCUUUACGCUCAGCAAAAUCUGAUUCCGAGGACAAAUCAAUGAGCCUGCUUCCUUUUCAGCUGAUGGUACAUAGCUAGUAACACAUUAACAGGACAAAGACGCAAACAAAGAAAGCGAAUGUGACUCUGGCUUUGAUUCAAAUACAGUCCUACAUUCUACUGUAGAAGUACACAUCACAGAAACAAAAAUGACACAAGUGUUUAUGCAUAUGUGCAGGAGUACAAAGAAGAAACACAGCAAGACAAGACAACAUGGUUCAAAGUGGUGUCUUUACCCACCGAGGGGUUUCUCAACACGUUUUGACAAGGUGAUAGAUGAUCUAUUGAAUUUUGGAUGGUUUCCCUUUUUAAAUCCCAGUAUUUGUUCAAAAACAACAAACAAAAGAAAAAAAUAGCUGUGUGAACAAUGCUCUAAAACUGUCUCUGCACAGCUGAAACUGCACAUGAUGCAGUUGUGCAUAAGGUACAUUACACAGAUUAAAUCCUAUAUUUUAAUAUGACUAAGAUUGUUUGAGUAUUACGGUCAUACAUACAAAGAUGUACAUUUAAGAAUGAGUAAUGUGUCCCAUGCAUGCAGACCUGUACUUUAUAUUAUAGUCAUAUAUUCUAGUGCUGUGUUUUUUGAACCAUGUCUGCGAAAGGGUGUACACUUCACCCAUAUAUCCCACAUACACAAGCACACACAGCUCCCACUUUCUGUCCCCCAUAGAACCUCGAUGGUCAUGUGACAGUGGUGACCAAAGCAGUGAAAGGAAAUUACUCAAUAAAUCUCAUAAAUGUGCUAUAAAUUUACCUGUAAGCACAUUUGCCUGAUCAUCGGAUGUGUUCCGUUUGCCUCUGCGUGAAUUGUUAUUUUGGCUUGGCAGAUUUAAACAGUGUGGAUGAAAGCAGGCAACUGCAUUCAGGUCGUGGCAGUAUUUCUGAUACGCACUGAAAUGUUGUGUUUGAAUUAUUCUCAGUGCACCAUUUGGUCACAAUCAGUAGCAACAGUGGGACAGUAAAUAAAUAGAAUAUUGCAUUAGACAACACAUUGUUGUCAGGAUAGACAGAUGGCAGUUUAAGGUUUACUUCAGAGAAAAUUCAGCGACUGAGGUAAACUUAAAGGAACAGUUUGUCAUCUUGGGAAACAGGCAUAUUCACCUUCUUGCUAAGAGUUAGAGUUUGAUAUCAGUGUAGCAAUCUGUUCUUGAGCCAGGAGACUGUUAGCCUAGCUUAGCACAAAGACUGGAAACAAGUCUGGUUCCAUCCACAAUGAAGUAAAAUCUAUCUAUCUACCGCUAAAGCUCACUAAUGAACACAUUAUAUCGCAUUAUAUGAUAUAUAUCCCAAAACUGAAUUACAAUAACGGCUAGCUGUAGUUUUAAAGAGGUGAAGUGUCACAUUUCUUACUUUGGACUAACACUAACUUCCUGAAUUCUAGCUUGGCUUAUUUAUUUUUGUUUUCAUGCUAAGCUAAGCUAACUGUCUCCCGGCUCCAGUUUCAUAUUUAGCGUGUCGGCACUGAUCUUCACAACUCUCAACAAAAAAGCAAAUAAGCACAUUUCCCAAGAUUUAAUUUCAC